GUUCAUCACACUGUGGCUCACUCGGCGCAUAUGUAACAGAAUUUUGUGUUUUUUUUGCUGGAAAUCAAUUUAACUGAAAACUAUGGCAGCCAGCGCAAAAGUAAUGCUCAACGGCCUGCUGCAGCACAGACUGACACAGCUGGUGCGCUCGCUGCACACACAACCCGCCAGUUUGUCCAGUUUCCGCUCGUCCCGCGAGUUGCAGCCGCUCGAACAGUAUCCAGAGGUUGAGGUCCUGCACAAUCCGCCCGAAUGGAAGUUUGUGGAGCGCCUGCUGCCCCCAACCACAGUGCCACAGCCAAUUGCCAAGCCGGCCUACCCCUCCGGCUGGCAGCCCCCAAAGUCCGACGGCCAGGCCAGCGGCUAUUUCGUUGCCCGCACCAAGAACCACAUGGUGCCCGUCUAUCUGCAUACACGCUUCCGCGGCCAGCGUCGCCUCACCGUGGUGCGGCGCGUCCAGGGCGACAUCUGGGCCCUGGAGCGCGAACUGCGCACCAUUGUGGAGCGCGCCCGCAAUGGGAAACUGUGCGCCACGCGCGUCAACGAGCUGAGCGGCCAGAUACACAUCCACGGCGACUAUGUGGACCUGCUGCGGGAGCAUCUCAAGACGUUGGGAUUUUAGUUUAAACCAUUUGAUUGCUUGCAAAUUACUGUCAAUAAACAUAAUUCAUAUAAA